UCUUAUUACUGUAAUUGUGGAGCGGAGAUGAAAGAUAUCUCGCCGGAGCACCCUGGCUAAAUUCAUGGCAGUUCUGAAUAUUAAAAACAGCCUGACGCAAAAGCACAGCCUGUGACACAAACUUGGAAGGGAAGGCGCUGGCUAAUUACAUGUCAAGUGUUGAUGGCUGUGCACAUCCAUCAAGUAGGACUGACAGCUGUGAAGACACCCGGAGAAGAGGCGUCACACUUCUAAAUUGGUUAGGGGGUGUGGAAGGGCUGUUCCUGAAGAAGAACCCGCCCUGCUUUCACUGCUGAGAGACGGCAGCCUGCCAGUCAUUGGUAACCCCUGGUCUACCCUCAGCCUACCUGCACUCCCAGAGAACUAAUGCCGGAUUCCACACUGUGCAGACUGGAGUGAGCUCUUCCUUCACCAAAGACUCCACUCAUCCGCACACAGCCGACUUGCCAUGGAAGAGGAAGGCUUGUUGAAGGAGCGACUUCAAGCUAUAACGGAUAAGAGAAAAAUCCAAGAAGACAUUGCCAAGAAAAGGAGGGAUAUUGAGGAAGAAAAGUUAAAACUUCAGUAUUUGAAGAAGAAAGCUUUGCGGGAGCAAUGGCUUAUGGAUGGACUGAGCCUCCAGAGUGCACAGGAGGAGGAAGCCAUGAGACUACAAGCUCAGGAUGACCAGCAGCAGAGCAAAGUCCUGCAAAGCAAUAUCGAAAGGAUGGAAAUGGAAAUCGAAGCUCUAGAAAAGCAGGAAAUGACGAUUUCUGAAAAUGAGCAGCUCAUUCUGAAACGGCUGAAGGAAGUUGAGAAAACCACCGAGGACAUAAUAAAGAGAGCCACAGCUGGGGCGAAACAGACAAAUGGAAAGGAACUGAGUGAAGACUGCAGACACUUUCGAAUUCAGAAGCAAAAAGAACAAAAAAACUCUCUGGAAGCUGUAACCAUGGAGACCAGCCAGCUAUCUGAAAUGGCCACUGUAAUUGAAUAUAAAAUGGAUUCUUUGGAGAAAGGGAUUGCUGAAAAUAAGGGCUUGAUUGAGGAAGCUGAUUUCUCAGAUUCUGUAGAAACAAGUGUGAUGGAUGACAUUUUGACAGACUUACCAGAAGGCAUAACUGGAACUGAGGAGCACAAUAAGUUAUCAAAUGGGGAUGAGACCGAAAAUCCUUUUCAUAAAGAGGCUAUUGCCUUAGAAACAGGAUCUGACAUUUUCAACCGAACUGAAUCCAUCACCUCAUCCAUUUCUGAUACACCUUCUAGCACAGGAAGCGUUUAUGAAAAUGAACUGGCUCACAAGAGACAAGACUUGCUGAACGAAAGGACACCUGAUAAUUCUGUGCCCACCACAGAUGGGGCUGAAGGUGACUGUGUUACAGAGAAAGCUGAACUUGUACCACAUGAUGUCACUCUGGAAAAUAUGGACCAAACCAAAACACAAGAGUCCCCCUUAGAGCAGUGUACCAGAGAGGAUGCCUCAUCUGACAUCUCCUCAGAAUCAUACCAUGAGCUCGAGGACAACCUUAAUAGCUGCCUGCGCGUUGAAAUUGCCGCUGCUUCCUCCGAUAGUGAGACCGAUGAGAAAUGGAGGACAAUAUUCUCCUCCUCUAUCAAUAAAGAAGAUGAUGAUGAUUAUGAUUUCUUUUUUGGCAAUAGCCUGGAGCAGAGUGCCCGGGAUCUCUUCAUUCAAAAAAGUGACGUGACAGAGAAGAGUCCUGUCAAAACCGAAGUUGAGGCGGAAAUCCCAAUAGAUGAGGAAGUCCUAGCAGAACCGGAGCAACUAAUAGACAAUGACUUAGAGAUACAUGAAAGCCACUAUAAUGACUCUCCCAUUCAUGGGUUGUCAAACAUCUCUGAGGACAAGGACGAGCUCUGUCAGGUUUCAAAACACAACAUGCACCCAAUUCACUCAACGAAGGUUGACCCAGACAAGAAGGUCCCCAAUGAUUACUGUGUCAUUCAAGAGACAAAGAGCGAAAACGUCAGCACAGAACAUGUGGAUUUCCGAGUUGCCCGGAAACAGUGGUUGAAGAUGGAGGAGCAGACCAAAUGCCAGAUGCAACAACCUGCUGCUAAACAGAGCACAUGCCAGGGGGGACACAGCUUUAUGUACACGCCCGUCCGAAACAUCGGCAAGCCUAAGAAGGAUCCUGAAUUUGAGAGUUUCGGGCUGAGGGAGUAUGCACACACACAGUUCAGCCCAAGUUCCGAGGACUCUGGCCUGGAUGACUCCAGCUGCAGGUCUCCUUAUGAUGACCCAGAGACACCUAUUGAGAGGGAAAUCCGUCUGGCGAUGGAACGGGAGGAGAGCCUCAGGCGGGAGAGGGGGAUCUCUAAACCACCACAUGCUAACAAAUGCACACAGGAUGCCAGACCUGUCAUUCUUCUUCCAGGUAAAUUUGAUAAAAGGCUGUGCCAAGAGGUGGAGGAGAAGAGAAAGAUGUUUGAAACCCAGGACAGCUGCAGAUUGUCAAAGUCUCCAAGUGUUAAGACCCCAUCCUUCAUCGUCACAUCUUCUCCAGUAAGGGGCCAGUCAUAUAAUAAUAAUAUCAUCAUCCUGGAGCCUGAUAGCUGCCCUACCAGCCCCAGAAAAGGCCCCAGAGAUGGCGGUGUUCUUUCCCCAGUGGCAAAGAAAUCCAACGAGUGGUCUACAGAGACAUCCAAUGUCAUCAUACUGGAGACAUCCAAUCUGAUCAUCCGCAGUGCGUCCGAGUUCUGCUUGAACACAGUUGGGCAGGAGACUCAGGAGAGCACAUUCCUCAACAACCCCUUCUUCAAACUGCGGUCUAGAAGCACCCAGUCUCUGGUAGACCAGGAGAUACAGAUGGUCAGACAAAGAGAGGAAGAGCUAAAAAGGCAAAGGGAAAGUCUUUAUUCAAAAGAAAACUACAGCACAGUUCUGGUUUCUCCAAAUCUACUUGACAACUUUGAUAAUUCAGAACUCCCAGUGAGAUGCAAGUCUUCACCAUCAUCACCAAUGAAGACUGCCCACAAGAUGGAUCGCUCCACACUCUCCUGCGAAAAUAGGUUUCCCGAAAAUUUCUCCGGAGGACGUCGCAAGAGUGCCAUGGCCUUGCGCUGGGAGGCGGGUAUGUUCACGAAUAACGAGUGAAGCACACGAUGCCGCUGAAAGAGAAUAUUUCUAUAUUUUCGCUCUAUUUUACCAGAAAUGACAAAAAUACUGCAAAGUUUGGUCAUGUAUAAGCAUAAAAUCUGCUGCUUAUUCCAUCCGCAUAUGGGUGAUAUGUUGAAGAGGCAGAUCAUAGUAUUGUGCAAACGCCAAGAUGCCUGGAUGUUUUCUGAAUGUAGUGUCAGCCCUGUUAUUCACUCCCUGCCUAGUGAGUAUUUAAAGCCUAUUUUAAUGUACUGUCUUGGAUAAAAAUAUGUAUUUAUUGUAUUUUCAUAUAGAUUUGUAAUUUUCCUUGCACACAAAAAUGGCCUACCAAUUUUCAACUGUAAAAUCAUAUACAAGCAAUUACAUUCCACAAACAAUUACAUUCCACCAUUACAGUUAAUUAAAAGAACAUAUUUCCCAGAGGUAACUUCAAUUGUAUUUUAGAUGCAUUACAAAUUUGUAAUUAAAAUUUACAUGAAUAAAUAAAUAUAAGACAGGAAAGCAUUUGGACAAAUAAGAAUUUAUUUUACUAAAUUAACCCAGUAACUGACCCUUUUAAAAACGAUUCCCUGAAAAAGCAUUUCCAGAAAUGAAGAAUCAAACAUCAAGCAAUUCAUCAUAAUAAUUGAUCAAAGUAAUUCAAGUGGUAUUUGUGUUUUCUAAUGAUUAGAAUGGUCUCUUUUUGAACUGUGUAUUUGCACUGACUCGUACUUUAUACUCAUGUCUCUACUUAAUACUCACGUCCCUACCAACAUGUAGAAUAGCCCUUUCAACAUAAGUUUUCUAUGGAACAUAAAGAUCAGCGUGCACUUUCUCAAGCAUGGUCAUAAUAAAGAAUGUUCUUUGCCAAUGCCUGUCCUACUUUAGUAGCAUAUGCCAAUUGAAAUGUAAGCAAUCAUAGUCUUCAAUGAUAAAAUAAAGAAUCUUUGAAUUUCAUUAAGAUAAAGCAUCCAAAAUGUAAUUGAGAUACAAUAUGUAUGUGUGACAAUACAGAAUCAUUUUGUACCAAGCCGGCUGUGAAAACACCUACACAGUGGAAUUGCUAAACAGCCUAUUGAAGAAAUCAGAUAUCUGGGUAAUUUAGCAAGAGGCCCAUACAAAAACAGACAAAGGGACAAAAGAGCAGAAUUAUUGAUUUAUAUAUGGAAACAGACAUAGGGAAGAAUUGUUGCCAGACUGACACUUGUCAAAAAAGAUUUAUUUUUCAAGCUACAUUGUCCAAACCAGAAGCUCCUGGAAGCAAUGGCAAGGGCAUUAUACAGACAAAUGCAUACUAUUACUAGUUAUGGUAAAAGAAGUCCGUAUGGCUAGGCUAUUUCUCAUUAGGCUGCUGGUUGAUGUUCCCUGAACCAUAGCUAAGUGUUAAGUAUUAUAGUCAGCAUAGUGUUACAUGUUGACUCUAACAAAACUGCUAGCUUUCAAACAAGGUGUGUUAGAUACUAUAAUUUAAAAUAGUAAUUUAGCCAUGUAGCUGAGUGAACAUUAGCUAAGUAAAAACUGGAGAGUUAGCUGGCCAAUGUCAUUCGUUAAGGUGCUAGCCUGCUGAGAUGACAAUAAUUGCAACAAUGAUCCACAAUAUAGUAGUAAAACACUUGUAAUUCACCACAGGAAAAUUGCAUUGGACAGUUUCACUGAAUCCAUGUUGGUCAUUCUUGAUCGUAGCCAUGCCUAUCCUUUGUUGCACCGCUGGGGGUAGUAGGCCAUCAAACUAAUGUAACCAUGCAUUGUAUUGUUGUCUGAUCUGAGCAGAACUGGUGCAGUGUUAUAAAUUUUGCAUUUAUAAUUUAUAUCAAGCUAAAUGAAGUAUUUAAAUGAAUGACCUAUUUGCAUUAUCCAGUUGCCUUUCCCUGUUUUUCUAGGCCCAGUCUCAUCCAUCUAGACCAGCUAAUUAGGCCAACUAUAAUAUCAGCCUACUUUCCCGAAAGCCAGUAUUGCAGAUAUGCAUUCAAAUAGCCUACGUAUGCUACAAAAAUCCAUUAAGCUUAUUUUAAAGUAAUGGAUUCUGUUCUUUUUACUUCAAUGAUCACUUUCAAUGACGCAAGUCCCCUGCAGAAAAUUCUAGCUAAAACAGUUGAGAAAAUAAGCUGGUCUUCAAUGUUCAUAGCUGAUUAAAGUGUGUUAGGCUGGUAGAGUAAGCUGGUGGACUUGCUGACUAUAGGCUGGUGAACACCUGGUUUCAGCUGGUCGACCAGCUGAAACCAGACAGAAGUGUCGAAAACACAGUUUAAAUCAUCUUGACCAGCUUAGGCCGGUUUACUGUAAAAUGAAAUCUUCAGCAGGGUCAAUAGCUUAUGCCUUUAAUCCGACAGAAUAAUGAUUAUCACUAAAUAAUAAUGUAAUAUCUACUGUAUAUGCUAAAUAUAGCCUACAGUUCCUAACUUGCAUGGGAAUUUCAGGUAGAAAAUAUAGGCCUAAAUGUCAGUGUAUGGUUUAGGAGUAGUGACUGAUGCACAUCUCUUUACAGUCCUUAAGGACAUUUCAAAAGCAAAGUCCCUUUAGCUUACCAAUGAGCAGAAGACUGUUAAAAUACAUGUAUAAUAUCCAGACAACAUUAACUGCCACAUAUUAACUACAAAAUAUUUAUUUUAUUUAAAUAUUUUCCCCAUUGAAGUCAAUGAAGCAAUUCCUUGAUUGCCUGUUGUUGCUAGGGGAAUUCUAUGAUGCCUGACAUCGAGCUGGCUUCUUCCAUUGGGAAUCAUACAACUACACAUAUAAUGUUAAAUUUACUCUGCUCAACGAAUGCCCAAUGCCCUCAGUACCUUCUAAGAUCACACACAUCUUACUUACGUAUCAUGGGUAGUGAUGUCAGUGGGACCGAAAAUGCAGCUUGGUCUUUCAAAAAAUGUGUAAAGCAGCGUUUAAACCAACACUUUUGCAAGGUCUUACAUUUAAAAUGUUGUGUAUUUGUAUGCUUCUCUGUGCAGCCAUUUUUGCUUACAAUAUGUACUACAAACCAUUAUUGUUGGCUUUGUAUGAAUUUCAAAUAUUUAAAUCUGCGUGAAGAAAUUCAUUUAGGGGACAGAAGCAUUCAAAUUGGCUUCUUUACGAAGCUGAUCUUUGGGAGGAACAGAAGGUCUUGUAUAUGAGGUGUCAAAAUAUUUCUUCAAAAUAAAGAUAUAUGGACAAACAA